AUCUCUUCGCGUCACGUGACCGAUUUUAGUUUAUUCGUAUCCGAGAACGUGAGCGGCACUGAACUCAUGCUUUUCCACGAUGGAGAUUGUGCAUUCUGAUGGGAACGAGGCCCAAGUACAAAUUCGUUUUGUUACCAAACAACAGCGAUAUGCAGUACCGAAUUAUCCUCUGUCAGUCCACAGUUCGAUAGUUGCCAGUGAAUUAAACACUAUAAUAAAUGAACUUUUAAAAGAGUCAAAUGAUGUCGAAAAUGAAGUGGAAUUUGAUUUCUUGGUUUGCUCACAAUUCUUACGUACUCCUUUGGUGGAACAUGUCGCAGAGAGAGGAAUUUUUACAGAAGAGGUGAUAGAUGUAGAAUAUGUAGAAAAGCAUCCCUUGCCAGAACCAAAGGAUUGUUUGAUACAUGAUGAUUGGGUGUCAGCUGUUGCUGUUUGUAACAAAUGGAUCCUAACUGGUACUUAUGAUAAUAAACUGCACAUUUGGACAUCAAAGGGUAAACAUCGUCUUGUGAUUCCUGGACACAUGUCUCCUGUCAAAGCAGUGGCUUGGAUAUCUCUCAAUGACGAUAACGCUUCCUUUGUCAGUGCAUCGAUGGACCAGACAUGCAUGAUAUGGAGUUGGGAUAUAACAAAAAAUUCUGUGGAGUGUGUACAUGUUUGCCAAGGACAUAGAAGAAGCGUCGAAGCAGUCAGUGUAAACUACGACAAAACGUUAAUGGCAACUGGCGCCUGGGACAAUAUACUUCUUAUAUGGUCAACAUCUACACAAGAAGAUGAUGAUGUGGAAUCGGCGUCAAAAAAGGCAAGAUCAGAAUAUGCUAGUAAAACAAAGGCUCCAAAGCGCGCGAUGAAGGGACACAAACAGGCAAUCAGCGGGAUUGUAUGGUCUGACAAAACAGAAAUCAUUACGAGCUCUUGGGACCACACCAUAAAGAUUUGGGAUUCGGAAUUAGGCGGUAUCAAGCACGAGAUCUAUGGCGAUAAGUGUUUCUUCGACAUUGACUACUCGCCAUUGUCGCGUGCUGUGAUAACGGGAUCGGCCGAUCAACACGUGAGGCUGUACGACCCAAGAUCUGCAGAGGGUGCGAUUUUGAAAGUUAAGUUCACCUCUCACUCGCAGUGGGUGGCAUCGGUGCGUUGGUCGACUGUAAACGAACAUCUCUUCAUCUCAGGAGGAUAUGAUAAUCUUGUUAAGUUUUGGGAUACCAGAAGCCCUAAGGCACCGCUGUUUGAUCUCAUGGGACACGAAGAUAAGGUCCUCAGCUGCGACUGGUCGAAUCCUGAGUUGAUAGUCUCUGGUGGUGCGGAUAACACGCUAAGGAUAUUCAAAUCGAAGAAUGUGGGACGCUAAUUAUAAAUGUGAUACAAGUAUUUUAAAACGGAAACAUCGUAUACAAUCGACGCAAAAAUAAUCGAGAAAAUGCUCGUAAACAAUUUAGGUAUGAAUUCGCAAUAUUAAUAGUAAAUAAUUGCGAGAAAGCUGGAAAACAUUUAAUAUGCUUAAUAAUAAUCGAGAUCGCAAAAGAGAUCUUUAUAUUUUAGCACCGAUUAUUAUACAAUAUAUAUAAUUA